AGGGUGUUUUCGUGGUUUCUAUUGGCUAUCUCGGAUGUCAUGUCACAGAAAAAAAAAACAAAAAAAAAAACAGCCGUUGCUGACUGGUUUGUUGACAUCCGAUCGCCAAACAAAACAUUGACGUUUUUUCUUACCGGAUCAAUAAUUCAAAUGGCUUCAAAUUACCGGAAACCAGCUUCCUCUGCUAGCCAAAGGAAAAAGACGGCUGUAAAAAAUGACCUAACUGAGGAGCAAAAGCAAGAAAUCAAGGAGGCUUUUGACCUCUUUGAUACAGAUGGAACUGGAACGAUAGACGUGAAGGAGCUCAAGGUUGCCAUGAGAGCUCUGGGGUUUGAACCAAAGAAAGAAGAGAUCAAGAAGAUGAUUGCAGACAUUGAUAAGGAGGGCUCUGGUACGAUUGACUUUGGUGACUUUCUCAGUAUUAUGACACUGAAAAUGAGUGAAAAAGACUCCAAAGAAGAAAUACUUAAGGCUUUCCGACUGUUUGAUGAUGACUGCACGGGGAAGAUCUCAUUCAAAAAUCUCAAGAGAGUUGCCAAGGAGCUGGGUGAAAACCUCACAGAUGAAGAGCUGCAGGAAAUGAUUGACGAGGCAGACCGAGAUGGAGACGGUGAGGUUAACGAGCAGGAGUUCUUGCGGAUAAUGAAGAAGACCAAUCUUUAUUAAACCUGCAGAAUGCCUUAGAGCCGGGGCCAUUUUAAGAGUCACUCUUGAUCUGAACACUUUGUAUGGUAACUUUUUUGGAAGAUUAGUUUUUGUAUUUAAAUAUUUUAUGUAUCUUUGCACAUACUUUUCUAAA